CUACCCUUGCCAAAUGGAUAUACUAUCUUAGGUAGCUCUCUUUUCCCUUGCCCCUCUUUCACCUCAGCCAAACAGAGUGGCGGGAAGAUCAAGCGACAGAAGAACUAGAGAAAUAGAAAGAGAGACAGGGAGAGAGCGAGGACAGUAGCAAUAGAAGCAAAGCAAUGGCAAACAAGCUGAUAAGCGAAAUGGGAUUGCCCAAAUCAAUCGCAAAUAUAUUUGCUGCUCGUAACAUCAAAACUGCUAAGGACGCUUUAUCUUUAACCGAAUUUGAGUUGAUGGAGCUGUUAGAUGUGGCUUUGGCAGAUGUAAAAUCUGCAGUAGCCCACAUCAGUGCAAUUGUGUCACCUCCAUAUCAAACCGCACUAUAUUUAAUGGAGCAACGGCUACAACAUGAGCAAUUUGCAGGUCAUCUUCCUACCCGUCUAAAUGGAUUGGAUGAUACUUUGUGUGGUGGAAUACCAUUUGGUGUUUUGACUGAGUUAGUGGGUCCUGCUGGAAUUGGUAAAACCCAAUUUUGCCUGAAGAUUUCUUUGCUGGCCUCACUGCCAGUGAGUUGUGGAGGUUUAGAUGGCCAUGUAAUAUAUAUUGAUGUAGAAUCCAAAUUUAGUUCAAGAAGGAUAAUAGAAAUUGGAGCAACAAGUUUCCCAGAACUAUUUCACAGGAAAGAAAUGGCACAGGAGAUGGCCGGGAGGAUUCUUGUUUUGCGUCCAGCAUCCCUUCCUGAAUUCACUGAGAGUUUGCAGCAAAUCAAGAUUUUGCUCCUUCGACAACAAGUGAAAUUGCUAGUAAUUGACAGCAUGGCUGCUCUAGUUUCAGGGGAAUAUGAUCAGGGGCUUCCUAGACAACAUUCAAUUGGCUGGCAUAUUUCUUUUAUUAAAUCACUCGCAGAAUUUUCACGAAUUCCUGUUGUUGUGACCAACCAAGUGAGAUCUCAAAGCCGUGAUGAAGUUUCCCAGUACUCUUUUCAAGUGAAUAAAAGUGCUGAGAUUCAAGAGGGAACUGAAAAAUAUGAUUCUCAUGUCAUUGCUGCUUUGGGCAUUCACUGGGCUCAUGCUGUAACAAUUCGUCUUGUAUUUGAAGCUAAAUCAGGGCAGAGGUACAUUAAGGUGGCAAAAUCUCCCAUGUCACCACCCAUGGCUUUCCCCUUUAUCUUAACAUCAUCAGGGAUUGCAUUGCUGGAUGAUGAUGGUAUAGAACUUAGAGGGCAAGAGAUAAACACUAUUCACUGCCAAGGCCAUAAUUACAUUAUUAAUUUUGAUGGGGACAGGAUGCAGUGAUCUAAGAGAAUUGAGAAUUCUAGCUUUGAGAUGAAUGCAGCGCACUUGAAAAUGAAGCAGGCAAGGAUAAGUUUUUCAAGAGAUGAGCUCAUUAAUUGUUUUGGGUCCAUAGAUCUUAGAAAAUCUAAAAAGAUUGGAAUAUCCGGGUGAUGAUAAAAUACAUGUUGGCUUGCUAUGCAUGGUUGAGAAGGUUUCAGAUUCGGCAUUAGGAAUUUUGCUUUCUGAUUUAGUUGAAUCCCGACAAGAUUUACCAUUGUAUAUCUUGUCUAAAAUUGUAUAUGAACUGCCAUUCAUGGGAAUUAAAUGAGAUAGCGUAACAUAGAUCCACAAGUAAAAUGUUGGAACUGAAAAUUAUGGGACAGGAUGUUGACUUUAAACCUUGAAUCAAUUUUUAUGGCAAUGUAUUGCACCAAGUUUGUGUCAUGUUAUAAUUUUAAACUGUACAAAAGCUGGAAGUGAAGAAAUUGCUUUGUCCACUUGAUUUUGUGACAAGCAAAGGAAAUGCAAUACGCAAUUGCUUUGGCCA